CGUAAUUUUAUUUUCUUUUCCAGAUUUCAUUAUUUUCACAUUUCUUCGAAAAUGUUUGCCGUUUGUAGCUGCGAACAAGCGAAUUUUUUCUACCUGUUAGUCAAUCAGUAGGUUACGAAUCUCCAUGACACAGUAUCAACAUCUUGUUCACACUACAGAAUCUGCACGGCUGAACCUACUUCAGUGAAAAAGUUCAUAAACAUGAAAACGCUAUGCGCUGGUUGCAGCGCUGUUCUUUCAUGGACGGUGGCCUCGCGCAUCACCACGCUGACAUCCCGAUCCGGGCGAUUCUUACCGCAUGUUGUGUUGCCUCAUUACUCAACCCUGCCUGCAGCCAAAAUACACCGUGACUUGACUGCCCAGGAGGAGACCCAUCAGAGUUCGUCCGUGCCCAGUGUGAGUCCGCAGCAGGAUGAAGAUAUUGUUCCCGGCUGGCACACACCGGAAUCCUAUGCACUCUUGCGUGAGAUCGCCAACAAAACCACGCUUCCCAGUCCGCGUCUGUUUGGCUCGUACGGAGUGGGUAAGCCGCUCGUGGGCGAACUGGCACCAAUUCGGCCACGGGAGCACCGCUGGCAGCCCCAGCCACAGAGCGAAUUCAGCGAAAGAUUCCAGGCCGUUAUAGCCAGACAACGGCCCUCGACGAAUUACAUGGUUUUCAAAUUCAAGCAACGAGAUAGGACAAUGCGUGGUGUCAUGAUGUGGUUUCAAGAGCGACAUUUGGCCAAACGCCGCAGACAACAAAGCUACGAUGCUCAGCGCAACCAGCUGUUAGGUCCGGAAUUGGCUGCUGCGAGAGUCUUCCUUAGUCGCGGAGCUCGAGUAAAAUUUGAAGGCGUUGAUCGGUGGUACGGCAGGUCUGAAGGGAAUCUGCGCGCCGUUCCAAGCCGGUUUUUGGAUACUGUCCGAGUGGAAGCGAUUGAUGCGACUGGAACUGAUGUCCUUUACGAAGCCUUGGAAAACCUAGUUGGUCUGCGGUAUUUGCGGUCGUUGACUCUGCGGGAUUGUAAAGAUGUGGACGACUUUUGUAUACCUAAAUUAUAUAUCCUGUCAAAUACGCUGGAGUAUUUGGACCUAAGUGGAUGCCCGAAAAUUUCCGAACGUGGCUUGGCAUGUCUGUAUCAUUUAAGAAAUCUGAAGACACUGGUGAUUGAGAAUAUGCCGAAAGUGGAGAAUAAGGAGUUGUAUGCUUUGCUUCUGGAGGACGAACUUCCGUUUUGUGAAAUGGUCGGUGUGGAGUACAAUCAGGUAGAAAUACCGAAGCCAACAUUGCUGGAGUCGAGAGAGUCCAAAGAAGCUGAAUGGAAGAAGCUGAACGUUCCCUUAUACGAUGCAAUAGCCAGGCCAGACUCUGUGGAAGUGGGCAAUCCGAGCUACUCUGAUGCUCUGCUAGCCGAUAAGAAAGCACAAGCGCUUGAGCAAGAAAGGAGAACUAAAGAAUUAAUGAAGAAAUACGAAUAGGGAAACGACGGCAUUGGCGGAAAUUUACGACGGUACGGUGGGUACCUUUUCAAAGGAUCACAGAUGGUGCGGGUUGCGUGACACAACUAUCGUCGAAUUUCGUGUUUAAUAGCCAGUUCCUGCAUUAACUUGUGAGCGUGGUCAGAAAUCGGGAAUGUUGAAGGAGCUGCUCCUGGACCUUCGAUAAUGUGUGGAACUUCGAUUGGCGGACGAGAAUAAUCUGCGACCUCCACAGUUUCAAAUUUUAAAUCAGCUGGAAGAAAAACGUGUUACUAACACUGGAAAUGUACAAAUCGCUGUACGAGUAUACACCGGUAUUUACAGUACUUUUGAUGCUGCGACGCGUCGCGCCACAGUUACGCAGCAAGUGUUUAUAUGGCUACUGAUUCUCACUGUCAGUGCAUUGCAGUCUGAACUCCAAAGCAUGUUAAAAUGAAACUUACUCAUUUGCCGGAAGCUGAGAUAAAAAAC